AUACAAAAUAGUGAGAAAUACCUUUCAAAACCAUCCAGAUCUUCACAGUGUUUCCACAUCCAAUGUUUUGCUUCAACAGUAACAAUGACUUAUCUGAUUGUAACAGUUGCCACUUAAUUUUCCAUUUGUCCAUUGACAAGCUGAUUAAUCGACAGACUUCAGCUUUACUACUCGGCCAGUGAGCUCUUGGAUAGUUUAUUCCAUGACAAAACGUAUAUAAAGGUGUUGUAUCAUUUGUACAUACAAAUCUGAACAUUUAACUAAAGUUGUCAAAUAAUUGUGGUGUAAAUUGUUGGUUUUAGUGUUAAGAUUCUAAAUCCAUACUAUAAUGUCUUUAUUAAAAAAAUAAAAAAAUACUGUAUGCCAAAAUGCUCGAAAAGACUUAACAUAAACGUAGAAAACGAAUUGCCUGUGACAUAAAGCGCGAAACAUGUCCCACCAAGCUUAACUGAAGGCGGAAAGGAAAGCUAACUCAUUUGCUACUGACGGAACAUAAUACGGUGACACCCACCGGAAGUAAACACUGCAGGUGCUAUUAGCGUUAGCUUCAUGGAUGUAUGGAAUUAGCAGGUAGACAGUAUUGUCUCCGUAACGUAGAUAAGCGUUUAAUUAGCACUAAACCAACAAUGUCUUCCGUGGCGUAUCUGAGAGAGUUCAUCAGCGAGCGACUAACUGCUGCUGCCGAGGAAAUAUUCAGAGUUUUUGAAGUCACCGUCGUCGAGUACGAGGAAGAGAUCGACCGUCAGCGCAAACUGCUGGAUGUGGCACUGAAACCUGAAAUAAAGUUAAACAGGAUAGAGCUCCCGCAGCAACAUGUCUGUAAAGAGGAAGAGGAGGAGGAGGAAGUUGCUGACCAGCAGUCCUGUAUCCAGGAGACGAACUCCAGUCAGGACCAAGAGGACUGUAAGCCUCCACUGAUUAAAGAGGAACAGGAGGAACUCUGCGCCGGUCAGGAGGGAGAGCAGCUUGUUGUGAAACAGGAGGAUGAUAUCGUUAUGUUGAUUCCUGCUUAUGAGGAAAAUGACCAUAGUGAAUCCGAAUCAAACAGUGACCACCAGCUCCUUUCUCCUCACUCUCUUGUAGCUGAGAGCGGAGAUCAGACAGGAAGAGGUGUGUAUGAAGACUCUGGAUCGAGCACAAAUGCAGAGACAAAACCACAGAAUGAACAGCAAGAAAGCACAAGUCACAGUCACAACUUUGAAUAUAACUCUACCAUUCACGGUAAUACUCACGCAGGUAAAGUGUCGUACAAAUGUGGCACUUGUGAAAAGACCUUUCAGUAUAAGUCAAAAUUGCAGCGACACCUAAUCGUCCACACAGGUGAGAAGCCGUACCUGUGCACCACCUGCGGGAAACGAUUCUGUGACAAUCCAGCAUUGAAAAAGCACAUGAGAAUCCACACUGGUGAGAAACCGUUCAUCUGCAUGUUCUGCGGACAAGGAUUCCCGUACAUGUCAGUGCUGAAUACGCACAUAAGAAUCCACACGGGCGAGAAGCCGUAUUUGUGCAAAACAUGCGGGAAAGAUUUCACACGUAGCAGUGCGCUGAGGGUCCACAUGAGAAUCCACACGGGCGAGAAGCCGCACGUUUGCAAAACCUGCGGGAAAGGAUUCCAUGACAAGCAGACAUUGAAAAGGCACAUAAGAGUUCACACAGGGCGCCAACAGCAGCAUGUCUUUACAGAGGAAGAGGAGGAGGAGGAGGAGGCUCUGGCUGAACGGCAUCUCUGUGACCAGGACAGGAACUCCAGUCUGGGCCGAGAGGACUCAGAACCUCCACAGAUUAAAGAGGAACAGGAGGAGCUGUGCGCCAGUCAGGAGCUUGCAGUGAAUCAGGAGGCUGAUACCUUCAUGCUGAUUCCGUCCUACGAGGAAAGUGAAGCUGAGUCGAGCGGGGACCACCACCCGCUCCUCGCUGACAGAUCUCAUCAUUUGGCCGAGAGCCGCGAUCUGAAAGUGGGCGUGCAUGGAGACUUCCGAUCGACUACCGAUGCGGAGACAAAACUACAGAUUGGACAUCACGAGAGCACAAGUAACGCUGAAUAUAACUCUGCCACGUCAGAGAGCCCCGGUGAUUGUCACACAGGUAAAGUGUCUCACAAAUGCGGCACCUGCGGAAAAAUCUUUCAGUACAAGUCCAAACUGCAGAGGCACCUGAGUGUGCACACGGGCGAGAAGCCGUACGUCUGCAAGUUCUGCGAUCAGAGGUUCGGAUACAUGUCGGCGCUGAAAACCCACGUGAGGAUCCACACGGGGGAGAAGCCGUACUCCUGCAAGGUCUGCGGGAAGGACUUUGCGCUCACCACCGCGCUGACGGCCCACAUGAGGACGCACACGGGCGAGAAGCCGUACCUGUGCAUGACCUGCGGGAAGACCUUCCGCACCAUGCCGCCGCUCAAGAGGCACAUGAGAAUCCACACGGGCGAAAAGCCGUUUGUGUGCAAAACGUGCGGGAAGACGUUCUGUCGGACGUCAGAGCUGAACACGCACACGCGGAUCCACACGGGCGAGAAGCCGUACUCGUGCGACAUAUGCGGCAAAGAUUUCCGACUCAACGGCGUCUUGAAAGUUCACAUGAGGACCCACACGGGGGAGAAGCCGUACCUCUGCAAAAUAUGCGGCAGCGAUUUCAGCUGCAGCAGUGGCUUGCUGGUCCACAUAAGAAGAGCCCACACUGGGGAGAAACCAUAUAAAUGUGACCAGUGUGGGAAAGUUUUCAAGUUCAAGUCAAAAUUGCAGGCGCACCUGAGGGUCCACACAGGUGAGAAGCCGCAUUCGUGCAAAGCCUCCGGGAUAGCUUACGAAAAUAACAGCGGCCUAAAUGCCCACCUGAGAAGUCACGCGGGUCAGAAGCCACAUGCCUGCGGCGCCUGCGGGAAACGGUUCAAAAAGGCGACUGAUUUAAAAACGCACACAAGAAUCCACACGGGGGAGAAGCCGCAUUCGUGCGAAAUCUGUGGCAAAGACUUCAGGCUCAGCUGCGUCUUGAAGGUCCACAUGAGAAGCCACACGGGGGAGAAGCCGUAUCCUUGCCAAGUCUGCGGGAAAAGAUUCUGCAGCGCCUCGACGCUGACCAGGCACAUGAGAAUCCACACGGGCGAGAGGCCGUUUGUCUGCAACACGUGCGGCAGAGCGUUCUAUCGCACGUCGGAUCUGAAAACUCACACGCGAAUCCACACGGGCGAGAAGCCGUACUCGUGUCAGAUAUGUGGCAGAGACUUCCGCCAUGCCAGCGUCCUGCAGGUUCACAUGAGGAGCCACACGGGGGAGAAACCGUAUUCCUGUCAGAUAUGUGGCAGAGAUUUCCGACAUGCCAGCGUCUUGAAGGUUCACAUGCGGAGCCACACGGGGGAGAAACCGUACGUUUGCACGACCUGCGGCCUGAGAUUCUCGGUCGGGUUUGUACUGAAAAGGCACAGGACGUCUCACAAAGAUCAAGAGCUACAUCACUGUUAAAAGAUUCUGUUGGAUGCCAGAUUUGCUGAACAUGUGUGGGAGCUUUCAGACAUUGCGGUAACUUAUCAGCCCGCAUGAGAAGAGCUGUAUCUUCUGUUGGAUCUGAAGGAAACACUGUUUUGAUGCAUGUAAGACCACAAGUAGCCUUGUUCAGUUCUAGUGAUUGAAUGUAAAAAAAAAAAAAAAAAAAAUACACUAGAUCUGAGGAGCUACACGUCUGCAGUCCUUUUAGGGAAAAAAAGCACUUCGCAAUUAGUUGAUCAUCGAUCAUUUUUAUCACCAGGGUUAAUCCUGAAUCAAGAUGGUCAUAUAUAUCCCGACAUGUAUGACUGAAGAAAAUCUUUCUGGCCUGCUGAAUUACAGUCCUGUAUUGGUUUCCAGAUUUAUUUUGAAUUGCCUGAUCCCGUCACAGUGGCUGAGGGCUCGACUUGCUCUUUGCAUCCCCCACAAAAAAAAAACAAAACAAGUUAAAUCCGUGGAUGUGUGGAAAUAUAACGGAUUCCAAAUGACAAAAAACAACAUGGAGAAGAGGAGGAUACCACCAUUCACCAUUCUUUGAUUGUUUUCAACCUUAGAGAGAAAAGAUUGUUUUGUGUGAGUGAAUAAAAAUGUUUUCUAACUAAAUGUGAAGUUAUUCCACUAUAUUUUAGUGCAGUUUAUUUUUAUUGUUUGUUUGUUUUGCAUUAUUAGGUUCAGUUGUUGUGAUAAUAUUGUGAGGGCUGGAGAGGAUAAUUGUCACAAGAAAUGUUCAUAUCGUUCCAUGCCCACCCGAGCCACACUAUAUAUAUAUUUCUCUACUAAGUUGAAUAUUCUCUGUAAUACUGUGCAGGAAAAAAACUCCUUAAAAUGUGGGAAAGCUUCUGUGGCUACAAGCAUGUAGGUUGAUAUUCUGCCAAAACAUGUGGAGGUUUAGAUUCAGUAAAAAGGUGUAAGUUCUAUAUUUGUGGUAUCUUAUUUACACUGAGCGCACAGUGGUGGCUAUAAUUCUAACAUUGUGGUGUGAAAGACCGAUAGUGUGUGUGUGCAUGAGAGCCUUUAAAAUGUCAUAAAAGUUCAUCUUUUCAA